AUGCUCGCACUACCAGAGGAAGGAACGACGGAGGAGGAACAAGACGACUUGAGCCCCUUGCUAAGUAGGAGGCCGUCUCGCCAAGACGUCUCGAGACGCCACCUUAGACGUUUCUCCGUCAUGGAACAAGGGAACGCCGACGCGUCUUCGAGUAACUCGAAGUGUCUCCUGCAGCCGCCACUGAGGAAGCACAGCAGUGUAGGACCAGGUAUCCACGUCCGCAGACGGUCGAGUAUCGGAGGGCAGCUGCUGGCUGCAGGGCCGAGGGGCAGGCGCCACUCUCUGGCGGCGGCCGGGCUCUGCGGUCCAGGGAUCGAAUCCCGAAAGCCAGAAGAUUGUAUCCACGUCCGUAGACGGUCUAGCAUCGGCGGGCAGCUGCUGGCUGCAGGGCCGCGGGGCAGGCGCCACUCUCUGGCGGCGGCCGGACUCGCCCUCGCCCUGGUCAGGAGGAAGAGCUCCGUCUAUCUGCAACAGACGGCGCUCCAGUUACUGCGUAAGUUCCGUCGCGCGGCCCGAGUGGUUCUGGUGUGUGUCCAUCUCAAUAGGCUGUGUCAGGCGGUACAGAGAAUAAAGGACAAUGAGGCGGACACAGUCAGCUACCUCCCGUCGUCCUUUGCGCGGGGCGGAAUGGACAAUUUCACAGGAGUGGAGAAUCUCAUGUUCAACAAGGCGGACUACAAGGCCGAUAGAGACAGCCUCCGUCUGUCCGAGACGUCCCGAGCGGUCCUGAUGUCUCCACCGGCCGGCAGGACUGACGACCAGAUCGACCAUGUACUUGUGGAGCUGCGGAGGUUCAAAACGUUCAGUCAGAACCCGAUCAGCAUGCAGAAAACUUUCUGCAAGUUCGGCUUCUACCAGAGUUACGGGCCAAAACGCGCCAUUGUGAGACAGGGGCAGAUUUCUCGUCUCUUUUACGUCAUUAUUUCCGGCUCAGCCAUAGUGACGACGUGGGACGCCGACGCGCACAGACUCACGGUACAGGAGCUCAGGAGGCCCGGGGACACUUUCGGGGAGCUGACUAACUCCGCCCUCCGGGAGAAACGGCAGACGUCAAUCAUCUCCAGGGGCGACAUCGAGCUGCUGUCCAUCAGCGCUGAGGACCUGGUGGACAGGGCUACCGCCAGCAUGCCGCCGGAGAACACGCUGGUCAGCGCCGGAGACUUCGUCAAGAGCCCUUUCCUCAGGGGUCUGGAUUUUCUCCAGGACUGGCCGGUGGGAGUUCUAGAGGAGAGUCCGGAAAGCUGCAUGUUUCAGUACGCACUGAGAGGCUCUGUUCUCACCAAGGACAGUCAGAAGUCAGACUGGAUCUACGUCAUCACUACGGGGAGCUGCACGGUCCUUAAGGAACUGAAACUGGUCCAAGUCACCGGGAAGAAGAGAGGCAAACGGAAGAGAAGCGUAUUAGACGAUUCUGAAGUGAUAGACAAGUUUCGGCAGGCGCACUUGAGCAAGUCUCUCCCACCUCUCUCACAUCGCUACAGCGACAGGAAGACGGUACAGAAAAUAACAAAAACAAACAAACAACAAACUACCGAACAAACAACAACGCAAAACAACAACAACCUCCAAAAACUCACCGACUGGAGUAACAAUACUCACAAAUCUCUCACAGUAGACGACGAAGAACUUAGACGAACACAGUCAAAACUGUCUGAUAUAUCUGAAGAGAAAGACAGCGUUAUAGAUAGAACAGAAGCCGAGAAAAAAGACGGACAGACUAACACAGAAGAACCCAUCCCGGCUAUACAAGUGACCAGUGCCAGUCCAGAGAGGAUUCCGUAUGAAAGACCUUUGAAAAAGCAGUUGUCGAUAAGGUUGCCGGCUUUGGUAGACUCACCUGAAGUUAAUACAGAGAUCGACAGAGUCGACCCUGCGAAUUCGAAAGGGACGGAUGGACCGUCAAGGAUACCGAAGCUACCAGUCCUUGAAAUGAGCCGGGGGGCGUAUUUCGUCCAAACACCUCGGCCUCGGCCCGACGGCCCCGGGAAGCAGGUGACGUCACGCGUCGGCCGUGACGUCAGGGGUAACGACAAGCCGGCCAGAGUCGGCAGGGCCAAAACUAUCGUGCAAUCUAGGGUACAGCAGGGUCCGAGAGGCAUGGACGCUAUUUCACAAGUUGCUGCUCACAACCGGCCGCGGAGAAAACUGCCGCAGGGCCUCACGGGUAAGAAACGGGUGACGUCACGGCCAGGAAAACCACAGCUCCCGGCCCUGACGAAAACAAGACCAGCGCCUACUGAGAACAAGUCGGUGUUCGUGACGGUCAAAACGCUGGGGAAGGGGGCCGUCUUCGGUCUGUCCGACUUCCUGUUUGAUGAGCAGCCGAGUCUGAUCCUGGUGAGUAACGGUGCCGAGUGUGUGAUGAUCUCCAAAAAACUCUACAGGAGACACGCUAACGACGAGCUGCUCAGGAGACUCAGGACGCAGAUCUACCCGUUCCCUAGCGAGCAGGAGCUACAGCAGAACCUGCGCGACUACGUGGACUGGGAAGCGUACCGGACCGACACGUACGGCGGGCUGGUCAGGAGCGCGCAAAGAAGGAGGGAGAAGAAACAGCAGUACACCGUGCAAUACAUGGGGCAGGAGUGUUUCAGAUAGGGAAUAUCGUAUCCAUAACCGGGACUAUCUAGUUCUAUAUCGUAUCCAUAACCGGGCCUAUCUAGUUCUAUAUCGUAUCCAUAACCGGGCCUAUCUAGUUCUAUAUCUUCUCCAGAACAAUACAUGGUACAGGAGUGAUUUAGAUAGAAAAUAUCGUAUCCAGAAUAUCAGGAUAGUCACUAUGAAUGUAAAUCCAGCACCAGGGACAGGACCAGUGUGAAGUCACUAGGAGGAUAGUCA